GGUAUGGGUGUGGGUUGGGGUUUCGGCGAUCCGGCGACGGGUUUGGUUGAGUUUGGCAACGGUUUUGGCUGAGUUUGGCGACGGUGGUGGUGACGCUGUUGUGGUAGGUGGUGGUGGUGUGAUGUUGUUGUGAUUCGGUGACGGUGGUGGUUGGGGCGCGCGAUGGAGUUUAUAGAGGUAUAGGGCUGGUUUGGCUAUGGAGUUUACCUUUGGCUUGGUUGGGCUUGCGACAAUGGGGUCGCCCGACCGGCGGUGGUGUGUAGGGAAGCUGGCGGUGAUGUUGGUGGAUGGGUUAAGGUGUAGGAAUUUUUUUAAAUUUUAAUUUUAUAAGCCAAUAAACAACUCAUACGUGUUCAUGGCAGGUCCCACUAAACGGAUUAAGUGAUGGUGAAAUCUAUUUUUUUUUUUUUUUUGGUGGUGGUGGCGUUAUAAUCUAACUUGUGACUUUUUUGCGGUGUUAUUUUGCAAAACAUUUAUAUUUUGAAUUAUAUUUUUAUUAACAAAUUAAUAAUAAUAAAAUGAAUAAAAAUGCCAAAGUGUCGAGAAAAAAAAAGGAAAACUAAAAAACAACAAUUGUAAAACAAGAAGCAGAAGUUGAAAGGACAAAGGAGUGACGAUGGCCGCUUCUUGUUCAAGUAUUGUUUAUGGCGUUCAACCCAUCUCACCUCGAACCCGCUUCAAAACCCCAAAUCUUUCAAAUUCCCCUUUUCAAUCUCUUUCCUCCAGUUUUAGUUUUGAUUCUUCUUCUAAAUUUCUGCUGCCAAAGCUCCAAAUUAGCGGCCUAAGAAGGCGGAAUUCUAAUUCUGUGCCCAUCAUCUUCAAUGCUCAAUCCAAAGUCUUCCAAGCCAUUCAGACAGUUUUUAAAGUUGGCAAAGAUGGAGUUGAGGCAGGAACCAAUCUUGUGCCAGAUGCUGUUCCAAGGCCAGUUGCAAGACUGUCUGUAACUGUAGUUGCUGCUGCUGUUUCUCUUUUUGUGCUUCGGUCGUUCGUGUCUACAGUUUUCUUCGCAUUGGGUUUCAUGGGCUUUGUGUAUUUCAUUUAUCUUGCCUUCAACAAGGACAAAGGACCUAGAGUGGACGACAAGCCUGGUUCAACAGACGAAGCUAUAGAAGAAGCUAAGAAGAUCAUGGAUAAAUACAAAUAGGCUGCAAGCUUGACAGUACUUACGUAAGCUGUGUUUUCUAGUCUGGAGUCUGGACCAAUCUGAAGAUGAUCAAGUAUUUCAUUGAAGUAUUGUUUUAUUCGUGACUUGUGGCAGUCUCAUGAACCAGAGCUCCAUUAUCCCAAUUCGUUAGGUUUCGUGGUGAUUAUGGGCUUGGUCUUUGCCCAGGUACGCUUCUAGGUUGAUAUUAUAUAAAUCAGGGAUAUGAUGUAGAGUGACUGUAGAAUGUUUGGAUUUCCAUGUCAGGUGA